AUGUUUUCUAAAAAACAUUUAUCCGGUAGUGAAAAACGAAAAAAACGAAAAAUUGUUGAGGCGUCUUUACAAAAAGAAAAAGGUUCUAUGGUUAAAUUUCUAAAACCAAUGAGUUCCAAUGAAAAUGUUGCUAGUGUUAAUGAAGAAAACAUUAAUUUAAAUGAACAUGAUAAUAAUUUGAAUGAAGAAAAUAUUAAUUUGAAUGGACAAGAUAAAAACAUUGAUGAAAAUGUGUCUAAUAUUUUUGACCCUAGAAAUUGGGAUACUCUUGAUAUUAAAUCAAGAGAUAUUCUAAUUGAAAAAGGGCCAAUAAGAGAAAUGAAUCUUGUGUUUCCUAAAGAUAAAUUUUCUAGACAUUUUUCUUAUGCAUUUUAUACUAGAAAGUUAAAUAAUGUUUUUUUAACAAAUGAAGGAUAUAAUGAUUGGAAACAUCUUAGUGAGAGACUUAAAGAACAUGAAAAUAGUAAUGAACAAUUUGUUUGUAUGAGUCAUUGGAAUGAAGCAAAACUAAGAUUAGAUAAAAAUCUUACAAUUGAUAAUGAAUUACAACAAGAAAUAAUAAAAGAAAAAGAACGGUCUAAUGAAAAACUUUUUCAAGAUAACAAUGGUAACUUUUUAGGAGUAAUCCAAAUGAUGGUUGAAUAUGAUGGUAUAAUGCAAGAUCAUAUAAGAAGAAUUGAAAAUAAUGAAACUCAUCAUCAUUAUCUUGGCUAUAAAAUUCAAAAUGAACUAAUUUCUCUUUUAGAUGCAUUGAAAUUGUUAGAUCUUAAUGUGGAUGAUAUAAGGGGUCAAGGUUAUGAUAAUGGGUCUAAUAUGAAAGGAAAACACCAAGGGGUUCAAAAAAGAAUGCUUGAAAUUAAUUCUAGAGCUUUAUAUAUGUCUUGUGCUUGCCAUAGUCUUAACCUUACGUUGGUAUGUAAAAAGUUGCAAUCUAAAUCUAUUUGUAUUGAUACUACUAUUAACCAAAUAGAAAAUAUUAUGAAGUUUUUUGAAAAUUAUAGAAAUGAAGGUUUUACAUCAAAAAAUGUUUCUGAUGUGGAUUCAAGUGAACUUUUUUCAGAAUUGAAAGUGUUGAAAAUGACUUUACCUAAUGAUAUAAAUUCUGCUGUUGAAAUUUUAGAGUUUGUUAAAGCUGUUGAUUGUUACCCAAAUACUUUUAUUGCAUAUAACAUUUUGUUAACCAUUCCUGUCACUGUUGCAUCUGCAAAGAGCAGUUUUUCAAAAUUAAAGUUAUUGAAGAAUUAUCUAAGAUCGUCGAUGUCGCAAGAAAGGUUGAACGGAUUGAUGAAUUCUAUUAUAAACAUGAUUGACAAUGAUAAUUUUUCUAUAAUCUCUCAAGCUGCUGUUGUAACUAAUGUGAUGAAUACAGAUAAUGAACUUGAGUUCAAUGAAAAUUUGGAAAAUGGAAUUAGAGAUGAAAAUGAUGAACAAGCACCUUUUGACAACAAUGUUCAAGUACCUCCAACUUUUACUAAUAUGGAAGGGGCAAAUUUGAAUAUUGAUGACAAUUAG